ACAGACCCUCAGCCUUCUUCUGCAGAGCCAAAAUCUGAUAGGACCUUCAAAUAGCUCUGGCACACUAUUCUGUUUAUUUUGGAUUUAAUGAAUGCUUAUUUCUGUGAAAGCUAAUCUAAUUAUUUUCUCCUUUUAUUUUGCUACACAAGUCAAAAGAAGCAGCAGCAGCUUGAAACCAAAUAACAGCUGAAGAACCAAAACAUGGCCAGUAAUCACUGCCAUUACUGCAUGGAAUCCCUUCUUGGCAGGAGGUAUGCAUUCAGAGAAGAGAAUUCUUACUGUGUUACAUGUUAUGAUGGCCUAUUUGCUAACUCCUGUGAAGAAUGCAAGAAGCCCAUUGAAUGUGAUGCCAAGGAUCUUGCCUAUAAAGGCCGCCACUGGCAUGAAGCAUGCUUCAAGUGUGCCAAAUGCAAUCACUCUUUGGUGGAAAAGCCUUUUGCUGCCAAGGAUGAACUCUUGCUGUGUACUCAGUGUUAUUCUAAUGAGUAUUCAUCAAAGUGCUUCCACUGUCAGAAGGUCAUUAUGCCUGGGUCUCGUAAAAUGGAAUUUAAAGGAAGUUGCUGGCAUGAAACCUGUUUUGUUUGUCAGUACUGCCGGCAACCAUUAGGAACAAACCCUUUGAUUACCAAAGACAAUGAGAAUUAUUGUGUGCCGUGUUUUGAGAAGCAGUUUGCUCACCACUGCUACUCCUGCAAGAAGAUGAUAACUACUGGUGGAGUGACAUACCACGACCAGCCAUGGCACAAAGAAUGCUUUCUGUGUGCUGGAUGUAAGAAGCAGCUGUCAGGGCAAAAGUUUAUUUCCAAAGAUGAUCAUCCAUACUGCCUAGACUGCUUCAGAAAGCUUUAUGCAAAGAAGUGUGCAGCCUGCAACAAACCCAUUACUGCUCUUGGAGGUGCCAAAUUUAUCUCAUUUGAAGAGCGCCAGUGGCACAGUGACUGCUUUAAUUGUGUGAAAUGUUCCAUUUCGCUGGUGGGACAAGGAUUUCUCACCCAGCAAGAUGACAUCCUCUGUCGUAAAUGUGGUUCGACCACAUAGUUAGCGAGAGAUGCGUUAUUCUCGCAUGCUGUAACCAAGUACUUCCUUACCCUGCAGUCAGAAAUUCAUUUAAAGUCCAUAAGAGUUAUUUAGUCAUUCAAGUUGCUUUCCAACAGCAGUUCAGUUCUGUCACAGUGCUCAGCUGCUACAUGCAUGCCUUCUAUCUUGUAAAAGGACUUUUACACAGUUCUGGUUAAGAAAACAUUUCCAAAGAAAUUUCUAUAUAUAUAUUUUAAUGGAAAUGUGUGUCCUUGUAAAACAGUGCACUCUGCUGUUGGGAGUUUUAGCAUUUUAUAUUAUAUAAUCUAAGAAUGACUAUGAAAAAUCUGUAUUUGAAAGACAUAAUAGAUGAUCUCAUUGAAGAAAACUUAUACCAGUACUCUACUGAUGCAGACACUCAGGUGGAAAGUCGUGGUGGUGCAUUCCCCAUUGGGCCACAAUAUUUAAUCUGAACAAUGUCCCCCUUCUCUCUGUGCCUCAAGGCUGCUGGGCAGACAAAGAAGACUGCUGGCAAAGCAGUCAUUUCGCUACGUGCAGACGGUAGGGGGUUGUACAGAAAGGAAAGACUUCCACCACUCCAGAGGGGGUUCUACUUGAAAGACAGAAGGGAGUAGGAGAAAUGGCUGCCCACCAGCAUAGAGAGUCAAGAGUCUACUCCAUGGCCAGGAGGGUGAGGGGAGGGGACAGAAGGCCACUUCCUCCAUAAUUUACACUGCUGGAUACACUAUAGGGCAAUUAAAAAGCUGUAUAAUCUUUGCUCCAAGUUGUAAGUCAGAAUUCCUUCGCACCGCUCUAUGCUUAAUUGAUGACCUACUCACUUUUUCCAGUUCUCUGAUUCUUAGUAUACUGAAUGUUAACUAAGCAGUUUGCAGAAAUGUGGGGCUUAACCAAGCAAUUAAUUGUGUAUCCAUAUUGCAUAUUUCCACUACAUGCAUCCA